AUGGGUCAACGGGGAGUUCUUGUCGCGUGGCUGCUCGUCGGUUGCUUGUACAUGCUUGGCAGUGAGGCUAAAACACUUGAACCGAUUGACUAUCAGGGUGAUCUCUUUAUGGGCUUAAAAAAUCAGCAGCUUCAUAAACGAUAUCAAAGCAACGAGCCAAGUGAAUUGAAUUCGGUGCAAGGGAAAAGUGAUAACGCUGAUAUAUUUGAUGAAUUGCAAGUGGAUGUUUAUGAGAAUUUACUACGUUUGGUGAAAGAUAUGCAAAAGGAACGUGAACGCUUAUCGAUACGUUAUAAGCCGAAUUUGGGUAAACGAUCGCAGUUGUACCAAUAA